UGUUACAAGUCCAUCGGGUUCAGUGUCUAAGGUUUUGUGUUUGUGAAAAGUCCGUCCUAUAAUUCUAAUUAAUAAAAAUGUCACAAUUACCAGUUUCGUUUGAUAGUUCGGAAAAAAUUUGGAGUGGACCCAGAGACCGGGGUUCCAUCUACAAAGAUGACGUGUCAUUCGGCACAAUCAUUUUUAAUACCAUGAGCAAUUGGCCAAAGAAUGUGUGCCAGAUAUCUGCUGAUGACGGAACAACACUAACUUUUGAGCAAACCCUCACCUGGGCCAUUCGAGUCGCUCAGUUUUUUAAGAAAAGAGGUCUGAACCACAAAGAUGUGAUUGGGAUUGUGGGCUUGAACUCCACUUAUUUGAGGCCUUUGGCGGUGGCCUGUUUGAUGAACGGAACUCCAUUUCAUGCGGUAAAUACAAAGAUGGAUGAAGCCACAACAAAAGUGCUUUUUUCAAGAACUAAGCCUUCCAUAAUAUUUUGCGAUGGAAAUGUGUAUCAGAAAAUUCGUUCAUCUACCAGUGAAUGGAAACCGGAAUUCUAUUUGCUCACCGGAAAAGUUGAGGAGGUGCGGAGCAUUGAAGUCCUUUUGGAGCCUACGGAAACUGAAAGAUUCUACCAGCCAGAACCUUUGGUAGAAGGAGGAAAGCAAACCGCGGUCAUCUUGUGCUCCUCGGGAACAACCGGAUUGCCAAAGCCCAUCUGCGUAUCAAACCAAGCUCUAAUAACAUCAAUGCCGAUCAAUAACGAGUUGGUGGUGUACACUCCAAGCAGUCUCGAUUAUUAUUCAGGUCUGUUUGCAUUUACCUUGAGUGGUUUGCAAGGAGUUACUUUGGUAAGCAGCAACAAGCCCUUUUUACCCAAGAACUUUGUGGAAAUGGUGAAGAAGUAUAAGAUCAAUUCAUUCGUACUGCCACCUCGCCACCUUUCGGAUCUGAUAUCCUCUCCUGAAAUCUCGUCGGAGGGAUUGGAAUCCGUUAUGAACUGUGGAUACUCCGGAAGUUCUGUUUCCCAGGCUGCUCUGCAGAGAGUCCGUAAGAUUUUCCCAAGGGCAGCACUCACAUCGAGUUAUGGAUUAACCGAAUGCGGACUUAUAGCCACAAAUUAUACGAACAAGAACUUUAGUUCUGCUGGCAUACCUCUUCCUGGGGUAAAGAUCCGCAUUGUGGACGAGUUUGGCCAGAACCUAACCCACAAUCAGGUGGGAGAAAUUUAUGCAAACACAGGUCGACCCUGGAAUGGAUACUACGGAGAUCCCAAGGAAACAAGUCGUAUGCAAGACUCAGAGGGCUGGUUCCACACCGGAGAUCUUGGGUACUUCGACAGUGAGAACUUCUUGUACAUAGUGGACCGCAAAAAGGAGGUCCUCAAGUACCAGGGCCUCCAGUUCUGGACCUCUGAGAUCGAGGACGUUAUUUCGGAGCUGCCACAAGUGCGGCACGUCUGUGUAGUGGGCAUUUACAAUGAGCGGCAUGGCGAUGAGGCAGGAGCUUUGGUGGUGGCAAACAAAGAAUCCAACCUUCUAGCAAAGGACAUUGUGAAGCACGUGGCCAUGAGGCUGCCGGCCAUCCAGAAGCAACUGCAUGCCGGAGUCCAGUUUACCAAUAGUUUGCCCAUGAAUCCGAAUGGCAAGACCAUUCGCAAGGCCGCGCGGGACGCGUUCUUGGCCAAAAAACUCCAGAAGAGCGGUUAGUUGUAACUGUUUUUACAAAUUUAUACCCACCAAUAAAACCUAGUGUAAAAUCUA